CCCCGCCACCCUAGACAUAUCGAUCAUAUGCUUAUCCUUAUAUCAUAUCAUAUACUUCAUAAUCAACUACUAUAAAUUCACUCUUCUAUGUCCAUAUUUUUCCUCACCCUUCUUUUCCUUCCCACUUCUUUUCUUCUAGUACCAAUUUUUCAAACAUAAAACCAUGAUCACUACCAUAUUGUUUGAUUGUCUUGAAUUUCUUAGUAGAAAAAUAUCAUAUGAAAAAUUAGCAGCAAAAUUCAAAGACACAAAGGCAAUAACCUACAAAGAUGAGGUAGGCAAUAAAAAGAUCAUAUCUCCCCUAACAAGAAAGGCAGUUAGGAAAAGUGUUCGGUUUGCGGAUUCAGAACAAGAUGAAAAGGAUGAGUUGAUGAAAGGAAGAAGAAGCUGUGGUAGUAAUUAUAUUGAUGAAUUAUUAGGAGAAAGAGAAAGGAUGAAUGUUACUAGAGUGAAGGUAAAGAUGACAAAGGAAGAAGCAGCUAAGUUACUGUCAAAAUUUAAAUGCAAAGAAGGAGGAGUUCUUCCAUUCAAGGAUGUUGCUUCUGAACUUAUAGCACUCCCAAUGGACCGAGUUACCAUUCUGUCAACUUGAACCAACAUAUAACCUCUCUAGAAUGAAAUAUAAGAAAAAAUAUUCAAAAAGUCAAAUGUAUUUGGUUCGAGACACCGUAGAACACGGUAUCCAGUGUUAGUGUGUUUCAUUGUGAGUCUUGGGAGUUCCAAAAGUACUUGGACUACACUAUUGUAUAUAUUGUCUACACAUUUUGCAAGAACAGAGAAAUGCUAAUUUGAUAUCUUAUCAAUUUCAAUA